AUGGCUUGGGUGCACAUGCUCUCCGACUCCCAGGAUCAGCUCGUUGCGCUGGUGCUGGACGUUGCCGAGGUCACACGGCUGGUCGUGCUGGCCAAGUCCGUCCUUGCAGCCACCGACUGCUCCUUCCGUGAUCUGGAACGCCUCACAGGGAAAUUGCUCUGGCCUUCGUCCCUCUUUCGAUGCUUCCGCCCUUCCCUUGCACCUCUUUACUCCGACCAACAUGCCUUUACACCGGUUCUCACGGCUGUCUCUCCAGACUUGCGGCAGCGGCUGUGCGAGUGUGUCGACGCCAACCUGGUGCUGACCCGUUCCGUUGGCAUUGCCGCCCCCACCGUCCAACUGAUGCUUGCUCAUCGCAAAAAAGACCGCUUUCUACGCAUGCAGCCUGCCAUGAUGGUGCCUUGCACCGACUCCCCAAGGAGAACAGGUCUUCGUCGUCAGCCGAGGACAGGCAUCAAGGCUGUGUUCCUCGCAAUGAUCGCCAUCGCCUUGGCACCCUUUGGACACGAGAGAGGAGCCUUCUCUUUCGUAGCGUCUCCUACCAUGGUUAGCCGAGUGGGAUCCAGAAGCCACCACCUCCAGCAGCUCUUCCAGUCUAAGGCAGCCGAGCAGGAGGAGUUCGACGAUCUGCACGUCGAUGACGGGGCUGAAGGAGAUGAAGAUUUCUUUGACCAGGACGAGGGAGAGGAGGAAGCUCUUGCAGAGCUGGAGGAUCCAGAGUCUCAUGGAGAUGCCCCGCUCUCUCAAGCGCAAACGAAGGCAGACGUUGCUCGUCAGAGACUCUGGAACAUGCCGAAGGAUGUGGCGCCGUACUUGCAGGUUGCGAACGCCGCCGGCUCUACAAAGGGACGCAGCUGCAUGAGCAUACCGAACUUCGUGCGACUGCAGGUCACCUAUCAGAACAAAGAGAAGUUAGCUCGAACUCGGAAUUUGGUCGUCCUCAAGGCCAAGAACUCGCAAGUACCUCGAGCCGCAAAUUCAGACUUGGUGUGCACAGACAAAGACGUAGAUGUCUCGGCGAGCCAUUACAUGUCGCAGGCCAUGCUGCAAAAAUCGGAGAAGAUAAUCAAGCAGGGUACCUUGUCAAAGAUUCGCAUGAGAAGGCUCAUGAGACACGGGCGCGGCGAAUUCGGAAGAGACAAUGCCUUGCAGUGGAAUCGUCCAGGUCGCCGAGCCUUCCGAAUGCGAAGCGGCAUGAAGGAUCUGCGCUAUGCCGAUCCCCUAGAAAGAUCCCAGCGUCGAAAGAAGGACAUCAGGCCUCCGGAUUGGAAGAACAAGCGCACACGUCCAGGCCAAGGUCAACACCAGAAGAGGUGGAUCGGAAGCUCCCACAGAUACGGCAGAGGAACGACGAUUUCAAAGAGGCGGGCGAACGGUCUCACGCUGGCACAACCAUCCUGUCCCUGUGCCUGUCGGUCUGCGAGGUAG